AUUUUCUAUAUCUCAUCUCUUUCCCUGAAAAAUCAAGGUAGACAAAAAAAGUCAGAGGAAGAGAUGUACGGAUUCUCGAGCCUGAGCACCAAGGAUAGGAAAGAUGUUGAUCUUGAGGCUGGCAAUGGAGAGACGUUGUACCCUGGUUUGAGUCUGGGGGAGAACCAGCUUCGAUGGGGCUUGAUCCGCAAGGUCUACGGUAUUCUCGCCGUCCAGCUGGUGCUCACCACCAUCGUCUCCGCCUUCACCGUCCUCUACACUCCGGUCAACGCUCUCCUUGGUGACAGUCCCGGCCUCCUUCUGCUCCUCUGCAUCGUUCCUUUCAUCCUGUUGUGGCCCUUGCACGUUUAUCACCAGAAGCACCCAGUCAACCUGAUUGUCCUUGGUCUCUUCACUGUGUCGCUAAGCCUUUUGGUUGGAGUAAGCUGUGCUAAUACAGAUGGGAAAAUUGUGCUUGAAGCACUAAUUCUAACCUCAGCUGUGGUUUGCUCUUUAACUGGAUACACUUUCUGGGCUUCUAAGAGGGGUCAAGACUUCAGCUUUUUAGGACCUAUUUUAUUCACCAGCCUUAUCAUACUCAUCCUGACCAGUUUUAUCCAGAUGUUCUUCCCUCUUGGCUCAACAUCUACAGCUAUCUAUGGUGGAAUUAGCGCUCUGGUUUUCUGUGGAUACAUUAUUUAUGACACUGACAACCUGAUCAAGCGCUACUCGUAUGAUGAAUAUAUUUUGGCCUCUGCUGCUCUCUACCUGGACAUCCUUAAUCUGUUCCUUUCCAUUUUGCGGGUUCUGAGUCAAAGAAACAAUUAGUUUGUAUAGCGAUACUCUUACCAGCCUGGGUUGACAGGCAAACUGUAUCUUCGUAUAAACUUAAAUCCAGUUAAGAUUGUGGAUAAUUGGUAUUUGUGUUGAAAGUGCUUCACUAGUGACAAGACCUGCAUUUACCUUAAUCACAUCUGCGAUAGUAGGUAGAUCUGUUGUGGGAAGUGUUUUCCAUUUAUGGUUUUUUAUGUGCUUGUUUUGCAUUUCCUUUUCUUCUGUUUCUUUUGUAUGAUAUACCAUAUACCCCAACACGGUGAAAUGGAUUGAAUAAUUGGAUGUUGAUCUUCA